CAAGAAGUAUUUUACUUACCAUAAACAAAUUCCAUAAACCUAUUAAAUAUUCACCUAAUACAAACGACGGUGGGUCAACAAUUAGCUGGCUCAACUUUCAAACACCUUUAUCUUCGGGUCCCACAAUCCAGUUUAACCCACUACCAUAACGCCACGUGCCAAUCUUAAGCUAAAAAUAUAAAAACCAUAAAAAUAGGAUGGGUUACAGAGAAUCAAAACCCAACCCAUAGCCUCCGCUAUAUAAAUCCCAGAAUUAUCAUUACCAUUUUCAAAAUCCCUUAAGAAUCGUUUAAUCUUCUUCAUCAUCCACCAUUUUCUUCUUCUGAUAAUUCACUUCGAUUCCAGAAAUUCGCCAAGAACUGGAUACUCUGGCGGAAUCAGAGAUCAAGAACCGAGACGUGGUUCUGAAACUGUAUGAAGCCUUGAGAUCUCGCGACGUUAAAUCUGUGCACCAGAUCUUAACCCCAGAUCUGGAGUAUUGGUUCCACGGCCCUCCGCCGCACCAGUUUUUGAUGCGCGUACUCACCGGAGGAGUCUCUCCGUCUUCUUCCUCGUUCGAAUUCGUACCUCUCUCCGUCGUUUCGUUCGGAUCUACCGUAAUCGCAGAAGGCUGCGACGCCGCGACCUCGAUUUCUUGGAUCCACGCUUGGACCGUAGCGAAUGGGAUAAUCACACAGGUGAGGGAGUACUCUAACACUUCUCUCACCGUCACGCGGAUCGGUAACGUUGUUGCUGGACGACGCUCCGCUGAGAUUGCGCCGUCGCAUUGCCCCUCCGUGUGGGAAAGCCAAUUCUCGGGUCGGGCAGGUAAAUCCGUACCCGGUUUGGUUCUGGCGAUUUGAAAGAAUUUGGUAAAGUAAGUAACAGCCACGUCAAGGGAAUAACUAAAUAAAGGCUGUUUACGUGUCGGUGUGUGGUUGGUUUGUUUGUUUUAUGGGUUAAAAGGAUUUGGUUGCUGUUUUAAACGCGGAGUGGGCUUCAGGCUAAGGCCGCGUUUGGCUGUUGCUAGUUCUUUUUUUUUUUUUAAUCGCUUUAAAAUAAUCGUGUGGUUUUGUGUUUUUUAGUGGGAGCAAGAAUGGGGAAACCCAAAUUGACUUGUUGUCCCGUUGUGUUUGAUGUAACGUUUGGUUAUGUUAUAAUUGAAAUAAAAAAGUGCUUUUGUGAUCUUUUGA